CUACAAAUGAAUAUAACACCAGUGAGGACUGGGGUCUUAUUAUGGAUAUAUGUGACAAAGUUGGAAGCACUCCUAAUGGAGCAAAGGACUGCCUUAAAGCCAUCAUGAAGAGAGUAAAUCAUAAAGUUCCCCAUGUGGCUUUGCAAGCACUUACACUUUUAGGAGCCUGUGUAUCAAACUGUGGAAAAAUAUUUCACUUAGAAGUGUGUUCUCGUGAUUUUGCGACUGAAGCUCGAGGUAUAAUAAAUAAGGCUCAUCCAAAAGUAUGUGACAAGCUAAAAACUCUAAUGGUGGAGUGGUCAGAAGAGUUUCAGAAAGAUCCUCAGUGUAGCUUAAUAUCUGCAACUAUUAAAUCUUUAAAAGAAGAAGGUGUGACUUUUCCUGCAGCUGGAUCGCAGGCUACCACAAAUGCUGCUAAGAAUGGUUCAUCAUUAAGUAAAAACAAAGAAGAUGAAGAUAUAGCUAAAGCUAUUGAAUUGUCUUUGCAAGAGCAGAAACAGCAACAAAUGGAAACUAAAUCCUUGUACCCACCCGCAGAAGUUCAGCAAAACAAUCAGAACGCGAGGAAGGUGCGAGCUCUGUAUGACUUUGAAGCUGUCGAGGACAAUGAGCUCACCUUUAAAAGUGGAGAAAUUAUUUUUGUUUUGGAUGACAGUGAUGCCAAUUGGUGGAAAGGUGAAAAUCAUAGAGGAGUAGGACUGUUUCCAUCUAAUUUUGUGACUUCUGAUUUAACUGUGGAACCCGAGACAGCAACUGUGGAUAAAAAUUCUGUUCCCGAGGAUACUACAGAAGAAAUUAAGAAAGCAGAACCUGAGCCAGUUUAUAUAGAUGAGGAUAAGAUGGAUAAAACACUGCAAGUACUUCAGAGUAUAGACCCUACGGAUUUGAAGCUUGAUUCUCCAGAUCUUCUAGACUCAGAAGAUAUUUGUCAACAGAUGGGUCCAAUGAUAGAUGAAAAACUAGAAGAGAUAGAUAGAAAACAUUCAGAGUUAUCAGAGUUGAACGUGAAAGUUCUAGAAGCUCUGGACCUCUAUAACAAACUGAUGAAUGAAACACCGAUGUAUUCAGCCUACUCAAAGCUCCACCAUCCUGCACAAUACCCACCUACGUCUUCUGGUGUCUCGGUGCAGUCAUAUCCUGUACAGCCACCUAGUGGAACCUACAUGAUGCCGGGUGUUCACCAAGUCCCCAUUUCCCCCGCUUACAGCCUGGGACCUGAGCAGAUCGGGCAGCUGAGGUCUCUGCCUCCGAGUAUAAAUUCUUCUGGAGCAACUCCGCCAGCUCAAGCUGCGUAUUUAAGCCCAGGACCGGAUUCUGUGUUAAACCAGACGUACGUGAACCAGAACGCUGGCCUUUCGUCGGCCGCCAGCGCAGCUGCUUACACCCAGCAGCAGAUGGGAAUGUCGGUGGAUAUGUCGGCUUACCAGAGUAAUGCAUCCAGUUUGCCUCAAGGACCAGCUUAUCCCGUGGCAGUUCCUGCUCAUUCCGCUCUACAGCAACAAACAAAUUACCAUCAGCAGCCUCUCCUUUAAAAACAAACCAGCUCGUAUUCCUGAAUUAAUGAACAAAGGUUGCCUGACCUAAUGAUUCUUAUGAAUACCUGUCACAGAUAU